CGCUUGCGCACUGGCUCGGCGGAGCUGCCUUCCUCACUCAGCCGUCGGCCAGAGGAGCGGAGGGGUUCAGUGGGUCCGUCGCCAUCCUGCGUGGGCGGGAGAGGACCUCGACUCCCCUUGGGGUCUGAGCCUGGAAAGCCCCGCGUUUCUCCCCCACCCUCCUUGCUCUGGCUGGAGAGGAAAGUAUGUGCGGCAGAGAGUGAGGAAGGGCAGCCGCAGCAGCAGCGCGGAACCCCUUUCGCCCAAGGAGGCGCCCAUGGAAGCGGUGAGUACGUCGAGGGGCGCAGGGCGAGAAAGGAGCCCUCUUUUCCUCCUACCCCGGGGCGCUGCGGGGUGAAUGGCGUCCGUCCCCCCCCCCGGGGGUGACUCUUCUUUUGCCAUCUUAGAAGCCUGGCCCGCCCAGCUUGGGGGUCGCGCUUGCCCGUUUUGCGGGACAGGGCUCGGGGUCUCCUGCCCACAAAGCUCCCCCCCCCGCCCCCGCGGUGCUUUUCCAAGGGUGGGGACUCAGUGCAAGAGGCGGGACCGCCUUGGGAAGGGGAAACCCGCCAGCCAGCCUCCCUCCCUCCGGGGAGUGGGGCAAUGGCCGGAGCUCCCGGGAAGGGCUGCUGCUUUGGACGGUGCUUUCGAUCCCCGGCGCCCUACAGGCAGGACUGGGGAAAUUGAAACCCUCGAGAACUGCUGCUGCUGCUGCUGCCGGCCAGAGUAGGCGGCACCAGGCUCGGUGGGGGUUGGUGGUGGCCCGACUAAGUGGUAGGCGGCUUCGUGGGGGGGGGGUCACGCAGAAGCCAAGAAAUUCGGCUGUUGCUCACCCCCAAAUAAAAGAGAUGGGGGGGGUGACGGGUGGACUUGUUGCUGGGGAUGUGUACGAGACCAGAGGUUUGCAGAAAAAAGAGAAGAGCGAGAGGAGAAGCAAACCCGCUUCCUUCCCUUCUGCAUACAUAGCCAGCUCGCGUGUACAAGUCGUCGUUGCGCUUUGGUAACAAACAUCCAGAAGUGGAGAUGGCUGACAUCCUGUUUAUAAUCGCACCAGAGGUGGUCUGUGUUCUUGAGACAGCUUGGUGUUAAUAGUGAGGGGGGGGUGUGUUUGCUCAGUUCUCGAUAACCAGAUGACCCCGUCCACACACAGUCUACCAUAUGGUUUCUUUAAAACCAGAAAAGAACUUGCAGCUGUUGCCGAUCGCUGGGUUUUGUAUGUUGAACUACAGAAUUCGAAAAAGGGCACUAAUAGUCCUAAUCUUGAAUCAUGGCACGGCUUCUGAAGAAAGCUGUAGCAUCAGGAAGUUCCCUGUUUACUGUUUUGAGUUUUGCUUGGGGGAGGGCCAGAGAAAUGAAGCUGUCCUUCUAGGACAAAUGGUGUGGGAAGGGGAGGAAAGAGGAACUGACACGGGCACAAUUAGCAAUGUUGCAUAAGGACAUUGACUUCGUGUGAAAGAACAGUUCUGUGUCAUAGAGAAAAAUAGUAGCAGUUGUUUUGCUAAAUGUACUUUUAAGAAGCCUAUUUUGAACUGCUCAAUCUACUGUGCUUUAGGGUAUACAUCUUAGUCUUCAGAUUUUAGGAGUGGUAAAGUAGCAAUAUGAGUAAAGAAUGAGCUUGAUGAACUUGCACCAGGUGAAACUUACUUUCACCAGGUGAAAAAUGUGUUGCUGUUAAUCAGCACUGAUACUGGCUAAAAUGUGACCAAAGCACAAACUGUUAGGCUCUUUAGAGUGGUAGAGCCAGUUGUUACAAUGUUACAGUUUAUAGUUUUGACAAAGUGAAGAAAUAUGGAUGUGGAUGAAAUUACCAUAAUAAAGUUAGGUAGUACCACUUUGUGCAAUGGAAAACAGAAUUUGAAAUCAUCUCUCCCCCUUCCCCAUACUAAUGAGCUCAGUAUUUGGUCAUCUUAGAAAUACCUGAAAUGGACUGUGCAUUUCCACCUAUUUUAUAUUCAUGCAUGUCACUGGGCAUUUAGGAUACUACGGAGCAAGCAUUCAUGCAAUUGUGUUUGUAAGUCCCACUGGGUAGUGGUAUUUCUUCCUGAUGAGAGAGACAGACACAUAUUAUGGGACUGCAGUCUUUUAAGCAGGCUGCUUGGCUUGUCAGGUGCAGAGAUCAGGGGUUUAAAAGGAACUGUAUUAUGCUUUGGGUUUAUUAUUAUUAUAUUUAAAAUAUUAUUAUGUACCUAUAAGUCUUCAAGGUGGGAUGAAUGAAGAAUCUAAAUGUAACUUGCCUGAAGCCCUUCUCUUCAUAGGCAAUAAGAUUUAUGGGGUAAGAGCAUCAGUCUAUUUCCCUUUAAAAUUAAACAGUUGCAUGUUAGCUACAAGAGUUGUUGGUAACUAUGACUGCAGACAGUCCUAAACAUGCUUACCUGUAAGUCCCAUUAAGCUCCAUUCAUUCCUAUGCUUGUUUACUUGGAAUUUGAUGUCAAAAUACUUUUUUGUUUUUUGUGUUGUAGAUUGCUGCCAAAAACACAUUUCUUGUGAAUUACCUAAUUGUUGAAGCAUGUGUAAGCAGUUUUUAAAAAACGACUCUUGAUUUUAAAAUAUAUGAAUUGCAGUGUGGGCAUCAGCGUAUACACUUUGCCCACACAUGGAGAAAAGUAAUGCAUUUCUUUCUUUUCUUUUUUUAAAGUGUACAGGAAACCACACCUUUUUAGCUGAAGCUGUUGCAGGUGUUAUAGCAAUGCAGGAGCCAUGGUAGAUCUCUGAUGCUAAGUGGAUUUGCGUGUGUGAAAGACUGCGUGUGAAAGUGUCCUAUCUUGAAUACUUGAAGGGACCAGAGGAGCCUAUUAUAAUGAGUACUUGUGCAGUGAUAGACUAGAAUAGGGUCUCAUGAAAAAGAUGAAACUGCUUAGGAAUUUUCUUUGAAUGUUUAUGUUACAUAAAUUGCCCAGAUAAAUAAUUCUACAUUAGCUUAUCUUCUAUGUAUUUUUAUACAGCAGUUCAGCCUUCUCAGGACUGUGCAUGUCUUCUUCUUUUGCUUCAUACACUGAUUUGUGUUGGGGGUUCUGAUAUAAAAACCCCCAUUAGUAAGCAAGUACCUUAUACCAUGGGACGCGGGUGGCACUGUGGGUUAAACCACAGAGCCUAGGGCUUGCUGAUCAGAAGGUCAGCAGUUCGAAUCCCCAUGACGGGGUGAGCUCCCACUGCUCAGUCCCCACUCCUGCCAACCUGGCAGUUCGAAAGCACAUCAAAGUCCAAGUAGAUAAAUAGGUACUGCUCCGGCGGGAAGGUAAUCGGCAUUUCCGUGCGCAGCUCUGGUUCGCCAGAAGCAGCUUAGUCCUGCUGGCCACAUGACCCAGAAGCUGUAUGCUGGCUCCCUCGGCCAGUAAAGCAAGAUGAGCGCCGCAAUCCCAGAGUCGGCCACGACUGGCCGUAAUGGUCAGGGGUCCCUUUAUCUUUACCUUAUACCAUGGAUAUAUUUCUACAUGGAUAUAUUUCUAUCAGCAAAAAAUAAGGUGCUUCACGGGUACUUUAAGUAACUUUUUUUAGUGGUGAGACAAAUUCAGGAAUGCAGGGCAUACAUGUACCCCAAAUGCUUCUGCCAGUAGGUCUUUCUCUAGAUCUCAUCAUGUUAUAGGGCGGGGGGGGGUGAGAAGGGAAGGGAAGACUGUACAGUGGUACCUCGGGUUACAUACGCUUCAGGUUACAGACUCCGCUAACCCAGAAAUAGUACCUUGGGUUAAGAACUUUGCUUCAAGAUGAGAACAGAGAUCGUGCUCUGGCAGCAUGGCGGCAGCAGGAGGCCCCAUUAGCUAAAGUGGUGCUUCAGGUUAAGAACAGACCUCCGAUAGGAAUUAAGUACUUAACCCGAGGUACCACUGUACUUGUACCCAGAGCUGCACCAGCUGAAUUGGAAUUACGUAGAGUGCAUCAGUGUGUGGCUAAACAAGACCUUUUGAGCAAAUAUGAUUAUGAUUUUCUGUAAAAUACUGUUUUAAAAUAGGCACCUGUAUUAAGGCAGACUUUACGCUUGUUCUUCAUUAUUGCACAUGUGUGUGUGACUGUGUGUGUAUGUGUGCAUGCCAUUGCAUCUCUUCACCUAAACAUUUUGCUAAUAUUUAUGUGUGGAGAGGGGGAUGCAAUUUCCUUUAGAAAUGAUGAACUCCUUCAUGAUCUUGGACCAUAUCUAUAUAUAAUUCUUUCUCAAAGGCCUCAUACAUGCACCCUUUGGGGGGGGAGUGGGUCAUGUUACAUUAAAUAUAAUCAGCUUUUCUCCCUACAUGUAUUUUAGCAAAUUCAGCAUUUCUUCAGAGAAAUAAAAUCAAACCCCAUCAUUCAAAGGGGAAGUAGAAGCCAACUGGUGAAAAGUAGUGGUUAGGAUGAGGAGAAACAAAACUAAACAAAAUAAACAGUUCUCUAACAUCUGCAUGUGGGUGAGGGAACAGGGUUAGCUACAUCCCUAAAAUAUAUCUGAUGAGAGAGAGAGAAUGAAUUUUUCACUUGAUGCCCUGAGAAGGUCUUCUUUUCCUUCUUAGGCAGUACAGAACUAGUUGGCUGUUGCAUUUUGACACCUUUCAGGCCCCCAUUUUCUUGAUUUGCCCCAUACCUUGCUAUAAAUUAUGUGUGUGGGGCAGAGGAAGGAUUCUCCUCCCUAGUCAGAAGAAAUGCCUGGCCAAUAGAAUGUGGCUACCUUAGAUAAGGAUCCUAGAGGUACAGAUAUUUGAAUAGACUGAUCUUAAGGUUAGAACAGAUCUGCUGAAUUCUAGAGUAGCUCUGACUCAUGUGUCUCCUUAUGUGUCACUCCAAAAAGACUCCAUGUACUAUGAAGGGCUGCUUUCCUUUUCCCACACUUCCUGGAAACAGGAAAUCAGGGGUAGGAAACCUGUGGCUCUCUGGAAGUGGUUGGACUGCAAGUCUCAUAAUUCCUGGCCAUGCUGGCUGGGGCUGACGGGAUCUGGUGUUCAGCAACAUCUGGAAGAUCACAGGUUCUCUGUCACUGAUUUAAAUCAUGGUUACUUUAACAAUAAAACUAUUGUAGUUGUAGUUCUUUGAGGCUUAUGGUCUAUAGUGCAAUCUAAUAUUUCUCCCUCAUAAAGUUGGUCAAAUGCAUAUCUUUGUGUGAAAACUAAACGGUAAAUGUGAUUCUAUAGCAAUAGCUGAUCAGUAAAGUGGUGUUGGUGUUUUUUUUUAAAAUAAGCACAGAACAUUUUUGAACUCUUUUGUACUAUGACUGAAUACCGUAUUUUUCCGUGUAUAAGACUAGGGCUUUUUUCCUUUUAAAAAAAUGUCAAAAAUUUGGGGGCAUCUUCUACACGGAUACAUCUCUCCCCAUUUUCUUAAAUUGGAGUCCCCAAAAAUAGGGGGCGUCUUAUACAUGGGGGCAUCUUAUAGACGGAAAAAUAUGGUAAGUACUGAAAGCAAUCUAGAUAAAGCUGUUAUUCUUUUCAAAUGCUCUGAUUGUAUUUAUAAUUGGUGUAUUUUGUGCUAGGUACCUCAUCUGAUCAUAAAAUGAGCUGCUGAUUGUGCUGUCAGUCUGUGCUGCCAACCAUAGAGCCACUUCAUAUUUCACUUGUUGCUGACCUGUACUACUGUGCUAUGACUAGUGGAAAGGAAGACUAUGAUUGACAAGGGAAAAGCCAGCAUUUGAUCAGAUAGGAUCCUGGGGCUUACCAGACCCAACACUUAGCCAGAUGAUUAGUGCAUUGGAAUAGUUUUCGGAGGUAAUUGAAAAGGAUCCUUGCAUUCCUGAUCGCUGGUCCUGCUAGCUAGGGAUUUUGGGAGUUGUAGUCCAACAACAGAUGGGGACCCAAGUUUGAGAAACCCUGCCCUAGCUGUAUAGCUGGCUCCCUCCUUAUUGAAUUUUAAGUGUGCUGUGUAAAAAAACAACACAACACCUUUUAAAUUAGGCCUCUGUGACAAAGUGAUUCUGUCUGGCCUUCAGUGUUUUUUAUGUUUGUGAGUUUUUUUUUUUUUUAAAAUGUGGUUUUAAUGCUUGUAUUGAUAAUGGGCAGGCUUCUGUUGUUUUAAUUGUGAGCUACUUUGAAAGAACCCCAGUCCUGAAAAGUGGCAUAAAAGUCUUGUAAUAAAAAUUAUCUGCUCUUGGUGCCCUUUGGUUAGAAGAGUAGGGUGCAAAAAAUAAUUUUUUGGUUUAUUUAUGUGCUGCCUUCCCCAAAUCUGAAACACUUCUUAAAAAUUGGUUGGGAAGAUGAGUUGCAGCUAUUCAGAUUUACUAAGAAGUAUUUGGGUAACAAGAUAAAGAUUCAGUUGUGAAGGAACUGGUUUCCCUUCCUGUCCACGGAAGUUAACAGUGGAAUCCUUUAAUGUUUUCCUCCAUUAAUAUCCUUAAAAGAACUGUGAUUUUAGUGGCUGUCCUUGCAAUCUUCUUCCAAUAGUGAAAUAGCUCCAUUAGCAGUACAUAGAUAUUAUAAUGCUGUAAAUUUUUCAUGUUGGCCAUAGAUUUCUGUAAACACUACCUAAUGCCCUAAAGCUGCCUUCCAACAUUAAUAUUUUAAGAGUAAUUUUAAAUUCUGGAUUACAUGUCAUACUAUUUUCAGUAGCUAAAUUAAGCUACUGCUUACGGGCAAACAAUUGCCAUUAUAAUAUUAAGUUCUUAAUGUCUAACACAUCUACUGCUUCAAGUAGAGGAAUAAUUAUUCAUCAGUAUAUCCAGUAUAUUACGUGCUUUUUCACACCAUCCAAGGUUAUUGGUCUUGCUUUAAGACAGCCUGUCUCAACCUGUGGGUCCCCAGAUGUUGUUCAACUACAAUUCCCAUCACCCCUAGCUAGCAAGGCCAGAGCUCAGGGAUGAUGGGAGUUGUAGUCCAACAACAUCUGGGGACCCACAGGUUGAGAACCGCUUGGAAGUCGAACGGAAUCCAUUCCGGAAGUCCGUUUGACUUCCAAAACAUUUGGAAACCAAAGCGCAGCUUCCGAUUGGCUGCAGGAAACUCCUGCAGCCAAUCGGAACCCCCGGAACCCGAUCAGACAUUCACAAACCAGAACACUCACUUCUGGGUUUGCAGCGUUCGGGAGCCAAGACUCGCAAGGCGUUCGACUUCCGAGGUAUAUGGAGCCAGGCCCAAAAUACUUUACAGUUGUCACUUGCUUUUAAAUAUACUUAGCCAACGAAUAUAUAUUAAUAGAACACCAUAGAGCAGGGGUUCCCAAAGUGCAGUCAGCUUUGUCCCUGUGGUCUACAGCAUGGACCACAGAAUUAAAAAUUGUAAAGCACCUAACACAGUGCAUUACAAUUGCUACAACAGCAGGAAAAUCAUUACGCAGCCCAUCAAAACCCUCAGUAAUAUUCAAGCGGUCUGUGGCCAGUCUGGAGUACGGGGUGGGCAGUUUGGGGACCAUUGCCAUAGAGAGCAGACAACAACAAGCCAAAGAUGCAGUGAGGUUCCACCUCCACCUUACACAAAUCCCUGCAGCAGGUGGUGGAAGAAACUGCUCUUUGCACCCUGGCAUGAUUCUCCCAAAGCAGUAGAAAUGCUCGUGAGCAUACAAGGUAUUGUUUGUGUGGAUCGUAAGUGUGGAUUUCUGUUCUUUUCUUCUCCCAUGAUACAACUGUAUUAAGUGUCUAGCUAAAUGGUGUCAUUUGUUGGAUACGGAGUACUCAGCAACCAAGGUGAAUAUUGUGGAUGACUAUGUCCCACUGACUAGAUUGUUGCUGAAGAGCUGCUUUUUAAAAAUAAAAAAUUAAAAAAUCCUACUGAAUACAAGAAUAUGAGGACAGCUUUGCAGUAAGUACUUAUUGACUGGGCAUUGAUUGUUUUGGCCCCUAGAAGAUUAUUGCAAAAGAAUUGCACUCACUACUUUCUGUAUUCCUGGAAUAGUUGCUAUAAUUGGAGACCAGAGUUAAGGGUUAAGUGUAGCAUGAAAGCAGUUCUCAAAAGCAAUAGUUUUGACUUGAGUUGAGGUUUUCGGGAAAGCUGUAGCUUUUAUUUUUCAUCUUUAAAUCUGUAUUCUUCCUUGAUAGUAGUUCUCACAAAUGUUUCCGUGGUUGUGGUAUAAUCAAUUUUCAAAUGUAUUGUUCCUCUAUUAAGUUAUUAUUAAAAAACAAGGCAUUUCCAAUGAGUGUCUAGAUUCUGUAGUCUUCAGGAGAAAUUAAUUUUGCUGUGAGACCCUAUGGAGUGGAAUACUAGGAUGUUCUAAAGGGGGUGUGGACUCAAAAUGGUCCUACAGAGCUGGCAGCCUUUCACACUUUUAUAGCACCUUCCAUUGUGGAGUGUUCCCUCAGCCUCCUCUCCUCCCUGGAGGCCUACAGACAGCCACAGCUGCUGCCCUGGUCUCUGAGCUCCCUCCUCUGCCCCAAAGAGAGGUGCCUCUUUACACUGCCCCACAGCGGCCUAGGAAGCAUCCCUGGUCAGCCCCAGAGGCACCAUUUGCCUGGGAAGCUUGUAGCCAGAGCUGCUGCAUCAAACAGCUGUGCAAUCCUUUGGGAGGCAGAGACGUGAGGAGGAAGGAAAGAGGGACAGAGGCCAGUGUUGCCCAUGUCACCCCUGACCAUCAUUGAAGGCACCCCAGGGUGCCACGGCACAUUGGUUGAAAACCACUGGGCUACACCAUUUGUCCCAGGCCACACCCUUGCCAAUCCUUCUUUACAUUCUCAACUACUUUUGCCUAUGAUUGAAAUGUAGCCAUUGCUCCACCUACUGAUCCCACCACUUCUUAAAUGUUGUUGUCCAUGAGGACAUGUGGCUCUCCAAUGGAAAAAAGAUUCCUUGCUGUUGUAAAAUGAUAACAUGGGAUGUUUGGAACAUCAGUAGACAUGGAUGAGAGUUUUUAAAAAGUUGGCUUUGCCUCUGUAUUUUAGCUAUAUUAUAGACAGAAUGGAAAUCUCUCUCUCCCCACCUCAAAUAUAUAGCCACUCUAGUUUAGAACAUUUAGAUGAUUAAAGUAUCGUAUUUUUAGAGCAUUCCUAAAACCCUGUUCUGGUAAACUGAAAAUUAUCUUUGGCAUUAUUUUCCUGUAGCCUAAAAUUUCAGGAUUUGAUACUAUUUUCUGUUCUCUUGUUCAGGGUUGAAUAAAUUCUGGAUUAUCUUGAAGUCACAUCUAUUUAGCUGGCUUGGAAGUUCAAACAGCCAUAUAAAUGCCGGUAUGUAUUUUAAUGUAAUUACAGUGUUAGCAAAUUUAAGACCAAACCACACACCAUUUCCUAAAAAAUCAGUUUAGUCCUUGUUUCCUGCCAGUCAAUAGUAUAUGUGGUAUUGUGGCAACUUAAAGAUUCAAUUUGUUAUAGUAUAAGAAUUGGUUAGCCCACUUUGUCAGUUGCUCAAAGUGGUACUUAGGUGGAUAGGCAUGUAUGUCCUGAGUACAGAGAGAAAGGAUUUUUUUCUUCUUCAACAAAGUGAGAUCACAAAGUCAAGCAGGAAACAAUAGUGUGUGUCUCAAUGCUAUGCAGAGCACAAAUGAAUCCAGAAUCCAGUUAGAUUGAUGCAACAACUCGUCCGCAUGGGUGACCCCUUCUGAAUUAGGAAGCCACUGGUGAUACAGAGGUGGAUCUGUUAAUUUCUGUGGCGACUGACAGUCCCAGAACUUGCUGAGUCCAAAUUCAGCAGUAUCAAAUUUGUGGUGGUGUACUCCUUUUACUGUUGAAAUACUAUCUUGGUAUUUAUAUCAUUAGGAGUGUGUGUGCUGUUAGUAGUGGCUUGCGCCAUGUGAGAGGGCAUCUAAGUGGAUGGUCCUGCAAACAUAGAACCAGAAUCAGAGCUUGAGAGGGUGUAGAGCAGAGGAGAAGCUACCAUUUGACUUGCUCACUAGCAGCAUUCUAAAAUUGGCCCCUCUCCAUUGAUCAAGACCUGUACAUUGGUCUUGGAUCUAUCAAUAGCUGGAGCCACCUGUACAGCAUUCAGCCCACUCGCUACCCUGCACCCCUGAAUUGCCCAUAGCUGGCUGCUGCAGUGAGAUAUCUGGUAUGUGCCACCCACCUUUGGAGGAAAGCACUAUUUAAGUUUUAAAAACACUUUAUAGAAAUAUGUACAGUGUCUACACACAGGAAACGGCAUUAAGCCAUCCAUUUCACUAAGCAGGUGAAAGAGCAAAAGCAGUUCCAGAUAAGAUGACUUGCUGUGACAGUGCACUGAAACUUUUUUUAUCCCAGGCCCCAAACAGAAUAGCUGAUGUUAAUUGCAAUUACAGUGGUACCUCGGGUUACAUACGCUUCAGGUUACAUACGCUUCAGGUUACAGACUCCGCUAACCCAGAAAUGGUGCUUCAGGUUAAGAACUUUGCUGCAGGACAAGAACAGAAAUCGUGCUCUGGCAGCACGGCAGCAGCAGGAGGCCCCAUUAGCUAAAGUGGUGCUUCAGGUUAAGAACAGUUUCAGGUUAAGAAUGGACCUCCGGAAUGAAUUAAAUACUUAACCCAAGGUACCCCUGUAAAAUCAAGAAACUAAUAUUGACUGUCAGUCCCAGCCAAAAUUGUUUGUGCCUUAAAAGCUGGAUAGGAUUCUUCAUUAGCACCUCAUUGUUGCAAGAAAACUGUGUAUCCAAAAUUGACCAUAGUUACUAGAGUCUUUAUUUUUAAUAGUAUUUUCUGGAGUUUUUUCUCACAUUGAUGCCUAUCCCCAGAUGCCUACACAACCUUAGCUGCAAGACAAGAAGAAAACGGAAGUACAAUCUAACUCUUCUGUGUACUGUUCUCUGGUUCUUCCCCUUUCAUGUACCUGUAUAUAGUUUUUUAAUGUAAGAGAAGACUGCAAAGCCAUGGCUUUCUGUGCCAAACUGAGAAGUUCCAGGAAAAAUGAAGUGAACACAGAAGCUCAAGAACCAGGCCUGGAAGUAGCAUUCUAUUUGCAAGAGAAGCCUUCUCUUAGGUAUACGUCUGGCAGGUAUACAGCAGAAGACCUCUGCAUUGAAUCUGCCCGGAAAUGCUGUGAGUUUUAGUUGUCUUCUAUACUACUGUUUAACCUGAAUGCCAAUGCAGUUAGCUUGGUGUGCUGUAGCCUAGUGUCUGCCGAAAUUUCCCAAACACGUUUUUCAGCUCCCACCUUUUUAAACUUGUUUGUGGGCCUUUGGAACACUCUUUCCCUGUAGGUGAUUCUUUUGAGAAAACUAGAGUUUCUUUUCCCUUAAUGGAUUUAGAGUUGGCCAAGAAUUCAUGGCUUCACUGUGUUAUCCAGUGAAAGAUUGGGCCCUCCAGGAUGCUGCCGCAAAAAUAAUCAUAAUAUUUAUGAAGCUUAGUAGCUUUAUAAAAGCUUUUCAGUGUGACUUACAAAUAUACAAUGCAACAUAUAAAAAACAAAAUAAGUAAAUAUGAAGCACAAUAUGAGGCAAUCAAACCAUGAACACAAUCCCUCCAGUCCUUAGCCUUGGUUUAAACUACGACAGACAGUCCCAAAAAGAAGAUACCACCAGUCGCCAACACUCAAACUCAUUCUAUUCCAUUCUCAACUACCUUUUCUGGUUUAAAUAGAAUAAUUUUCUGAUAUUUUUUUUUAAAAAAAUAUUCCUUUAGAUAUUGUAUUAGCUUCCCCGCCCCCCCUUUUCAUUCAUAAUUAUUAGUUUAACAAAUUCUCAGUUUAGCCUCUGCUUAUGUGGACACCAUGUAUAAAUGUGACCCACUAAGUCCUCCUUAAUAUGUCCUGUUCCCUAAUAUGUCCUCUUCCGUCUUAGCAAGGUGUGCACUGGUCACAAUAUUCGGUUUGUACCUUGCUUUGGAAAAGAGCAGCAUUCGAUCUGAAGUGAAUCUGAGGCUGUCAGAUAUGGUUUAGGGUGCAGACCUGUAUCCUGAUACUGAAGAACAAAGCAUCAUCCUCCCACACUCGCUGUUAUGGAUAUAAUUUUUUUAAGUCCCUUUGACAGAAGUACAGUAGAUGGAUUUUUCCCUGUGCAGACCAAUAUCCACCAAAUUAAGGGGUUUUGUCCUAGAUACCCUACUCCCCCCAACAAAAAAAAGGAACAGGCAAUAACUUUGCUAUAUUUUGGUUGAAUUGAGUGAUAUUUGUAGGCAUGGUAGUUCCUUCUGAGGGGAUGCAUCUUGUCAAAUUUAAGAAGGGUAGUUGCAGUGGCAUAAUAAUAAUAAUAAUAAUAAUAAUAAUAAUAAUAAUAAUUUAUUUAUACCCCACCCAUCUGGCUGGGUGGCUUUCAACAGAAUAUUAAAAUACAAUAGUCUAUUAAAAAUUAAGAGCUUCCUUAAACAAGGCUGCCUUCAUAAGGAUGGUUUAAUAUCUUCUCUGUUCUUCUAUUGACAACUUAUGUCAAAACAGUUCCCACUUCUCUCAUGAUUGCUAACAUGCAAACAGGGCUGAAGUUUCUGUAUUUGUUUUAUCCAACUUUGUCCUCACAAGUGUCUAGUACUGUGUAACCCCCCCUCCCCCAGAUUGGCACACAGUGCUGACUGGCUGCUAUUCACAUGCAAUGUGCCCUUUAGUUCUAGGUGUCUUGUGCUUUGCUCAGUUCCCUAUCACCUCUUUCUUUUUAAGUACUUGUGUGAAUACAUAUUUAGUGAGCUUUUCCCCAAGCUGAUGAACUUACAUUGUUUUCUUUUAACAGCAAUAUCUCCAUUGUGCCACAACUUGUUUGCACUCUUUGACGAACACACAAAGCUGUGGUAUGCCCCGAAUCAUGUCUUCCAAAUAGAUGACAAAACUGUACUCCGAGUACAUUAUCGCAUGAGGUACAUGUAACAAGACUUUUAUUCCAUUGUUAAAUCUUUUCAAAUACCUGUGACUUUCUGUAGAAUAUGGUAUUUAAUUCAAUUUGCAACCAGUCCUCAGACUGUAGCCUUGGAUAUCUCUUUCCAAGAGUCUGACUUGAAAGGUUUGAAAAGGUUUUAGUCUUACUGCUUAUGACACAAAAUGAUUUUAUUGUAACUUUUGUUAUUUGAUUGUUGCCUUGAGUUUCCAGGGGUGUUGAGAGAAGAUUAGGUAUAAGUUCAAUGAAUAGCUAAGCCAGGCACAAAGUCAUAAUUAUUUGGUUUGAUGUAGUCUUACAAUUAGGGUUGCCAUAUUUCAAACACUGCCAAUCUGGACAGAGCUCCCCUCCCCCUAGUUGUUCAGCUUUUUUUUUUUCCAAAAUCACUUUUAAAAAUGCUGUUUUUGAACUAUUUUUAUGAAAAAUUGACAAAAAUGGCACUGCUGACAUACACCCGAAUUUUCAUGGACAUUCUGCCAAUUUCCACCCAGACACUGCUGCCAACCUCGGUAUUCCGGAUAGGUCCGGAAAAUUCCGGAUGUAUGUCAACCCUACUUACUACAGGAGGAUCUGAACUUCUUAUAGUCUCUGUGUAUAAGGAUUUAAACUUAUAUGAACUGUGGGUUUCUUGAAACGUGGUCUUUGAGGUGACGUUGAUCUCUGACUGCCAUUGGAACAAUUGUUACAGCAUUUUGUAGCCUGCAAAAGUGUAUUCUUUGAACCCUGGCGGGGUUGUCCUAUUUAGCACAAAGAGAAAUUGGCUACAGUCCAAAAAACAGCAAAGUAAAAACAGAUACAAGAUGCAAGAUUGUGUAUGUGUUAAGGAAGAAAAAAGCAAAUUAAUGGCCACUUUCUCAUAUUCAUUUCCACACACCCUUUUUAGGAUGGUUUGUAUUUCCAGGCUACAUAAAGUAGAGCAGUGAGAUGGAUGAGAAGGUAUAUCUGCUGAUCUGAUGGAGAUGUGGCCAUUCCCAGACUCAUGCAUCAUUUUUUACCUAAAAGGCGCAUAGAUAGAUAGUAUGUACACACACACACACACGGUCUAAUUUUCUAGCUUUUAAUUCCUGAGCAUACAUAUUAUACCACCCACCUCCCAGCUCUAAUUCAGUUGAUCUUUAUCAUCAGAAUCCUCCUAUAUUACUUACAUUUCACAAAACCUAAAGCCACCUAGUAAGUUCAUGGGGAGGAUUUGAACUGUGGACUUUCCAGUAUACAGCUCACUUUUGCCCACUCUGCUCCAGAGACCCAUGUGAACAGGAUAGCACCACCUGCUUAUCAGAAUGCUCUUUUAAAUUUACUCUGUUUUCAUCGCUUCAGUGACAGUAUUGUUAGUGGCACAAUUAAACUAAACAGUACUGUACCAGAUAUUAAAUAUGGUAAAUUGGAUUUCCCCCCCAAGGUCACAAACCUAUUGGGUGGAGUUUAGUGUUCUGUUUUGCCCAACCUUGUGUGGUCAUUACUCUGAGUGAUACUGGUGCCUAGCAGGAAGUAGUUGCUAGGAUUAAGUCACAUUAAGGGGAAUUUCUGUGUUAAGAAGGUUGUACGGCCAUCACUGGCUUGGGCUGCACAAGGAGGUUGGGGGGCUUGAGGGGGAGCAGUAUAAGAGACUAGGUAGUUCAGCUGCAGAUGGCUUUGCUAAGAUGGCUUAAAUUAGCAGCCUCAACUUGAGUGGUUAUGAGCGAAUUGCCAUUCCUAUUAGCUGAAUGUUAUUUUUGUUGACCAGGUUCUAUUUUGGCAUUUGCUGAGUCCUUAUUUUCCAGUCUUAUAUUAAAAAGGUUAAAUUUUGCACAUGACCUCACAUAGUUUCCUGAAGUCCCGUUCUUUACUUCCUCAAGGUUUUACUUUACUAAUUGGCAUGGGACAAACGAAAGCGAACCCCCGGUCUGGCGACAUUCUCCAAAGAAAUCAAAGAGUGCUUAUGAGAAGAAACUAGCACAAGAAGGAACACCUCUACUUGAUGCAAGUUCUCUAGAAUAUAUCUUUGCACAGGUAAGUUAGAGAGUGAUUUUAUGUUUGGUGGUAUAGCAGCAGCAUCCUUUUAAAAAAAAUUAUCAGUACAACUUUGUAUUUGUUUCUUCAGGAGGGGAUGGGUCUCAUGAUCAUGUCCAUGACCUGAUCGAUUAUUUUUAAAAUGAUCCAUAUAAAAUCCAAUUUAAGUUCUCAAUUCGUACACUGUCUAAAUGCAGUAGUGGUUAGUGAAGUGGGGUGGGCCACUGGUGCUUGCCAAGGGUAAGGGCACAUGGAGCUUCGCCCAGUGUUGUGCAUGGCAGUGGAGCCAAUCUGAUGCUUCCCACCUCCACAUGCUGCACAUUGAGCUCCCUGCACCUUGCCUCUCCCUCUCAAUAAGUGCCAGUGACACACUGUAUUGGGAAACAGGGGGAGCCAUGUCGCUCCACCCACACCACUGGCUGCUACUGACUAAAUAUUCAACAAUUUUUUUAAUAGAUUCAUUUUAAUUUUAUAUUUCUUUAGAUGCACAUCUGCAGAAAAGUUACCUAUAGAUAAUGUGAUAUAAGUAAAUUAGGUUUGUGAACCUUUUUGCAUCAUACACCUGGGCCUCUUGACCCCAUAUGUGUUAACUAUUUAUUUUUUGUCGUGAAGAAGGGGCCUUGCCCGUUUGCUGAUUCAAGCUAUAAAAUGUUUCACAUAGUUUUCUUCAUGGGUUUCUGGUGGUUGAAAUGAUAUAGCCAUGCCUUUAGCUAAAAACAGGUUUCUCCCGCUUUCUGAUUAGGGACAAAAUGAUUUGAUAAGAUGCUUUGCACCUGUUCGGGAUCCGAAAAAUGACCAGGAGAUUAAUGAAAUUGAAAAUGAGUGUCUGGGGAUGGCUGUGCUUGCAAUCUCACACUAUGCACUUAAAAAAGACCUGAAGUUGCCAGAUGUUUCCAGAGACUUCAGGUGAGUCGGAAUUUUUAUUUUUAAAAAGUUUUUAUGAAGUUGAAGGCAUUCAUAGUACAUAGUCCUGAACCUUUAUUGGUGUGAACUGUAAUGACUUAAGUUGUCACUGAACUCAAAGCAUUUUAAUGGUGUGUCUCUCAGUAGUUGAUGUGAUUGAAUUCCUGCCUUCUCCCCUCAGAAUCCCAGACACAAGUCCACACCACUCAGUUGUCUCCUGUUGUUUGCAGAGCAACAGUAUGUGCCUGUGCUGUCUUGUUGAUAUUGCAUGACUACAAGAGGGUAGUUUAGCCAGGUCUUUCCUGACUUGGAAAUCUUCAGCCUGGUCUCAACUGUACCAAUCAAGUAGCACAUUUCUGCAGUUACCAGAAGCAUUACCUUCUCCCUUUAGCUCUAUUUAUUUCACUGUUCCUUAUUACUGUUGUCCAGAACACUACUUUUAUUAGCUAGUCAUGACUAAUAUGGUAGCAGUUGGGGCCAGGUAAACUCUCUAACUUGUUCUUAAGAGCUCCUUGACCAAGGCAUUAGCCUUGGUCAAGGGAAGGUGUUUAGUGGCUGUUCCAUCUGGACAUGUGAUUCAGGAUGGUCGUCCGUCUCUGCUCGGCACAUUUUGUGUAGAGUGUGGCAGUUGACCAAGCUAUAUGGUUCUUAAUUGUAUUUUUAUUGCUGCUGAUCUUUAUUGCUAACAGCCAUAGACCACUACAAUUCAAUACAUAAAGAAAUAGAAACAAAUCGAAUAUACUUCAUCAAACAAAACAUAUAUUUCAUCAAGUCUGCAGUAACCAUCAGACCUGAGCAAUAAACUGCAAUACAAUAUAAGAAGCGAUACAAAUAUAACUAAAAAUAAUACGAAUAUUCAGUGCAGUGGUUGUGCUGUCUCCCAUCUUCAACCACAAAUCCACACACACAGACUGCAGAGCUCCUGCUGAUUUGAAUAAAUCUUGUCAAACACUGAUGGUCUUCAGAUCACAAUUUGGGAAUGCCUACUGUAGAUCAAGGUUUCCCAACCAGCUGUUUUUGGACUACAGUUCCCAUCAUCCCUGUCCACCAGGGCCCUGCAAUGUAGGUAUGAUGGGAGUUGUAGUCCAAAAACAGCUGGAGACCGAAGUUUUGGAAACCAUGCCUUCUGUCAGUGGUGGACACAUCAAAGGAUAUCAACCCUCUAUUUCAAGGAGAGGUUUCUGAGCUGGAAGGGGAAUAAAUUGAACCACAUAUCUUUACAUACAUUGCACUCAAAAACAACAAAUAUGCUUUUAUGUGUUUACGUAUAUGUAUUCAGUAUUUUUAUCUGAUAUUUUGGAGGAUUUUUUGUUUCUCUAUACAUUGUUUUUCAUGAAAUAUCCCCUUGGGCAGCUUAGAAUAAAUGAAACAUUGACAGAAACAAUGAAUAUGCAUCUCUUCCCCACCCCUUCCCAGCUAUAAACGGUAUAUUCCCGAAAGCCUGAGCAAGACCAUAAGACAGAGGAACUUCUUAACCAGAACACGGAUAAACAACGUUUUCAAGGAUUUCCUUAAGGAAUUUAACAAGAAGACCAUUUGCGACAGCAGCGUUUCUCCGCAUGAUCUGAAGGUGAAAUACUUGGCGACAUUGGAAACGUUAACGCAACAUUUUGGUGCAGAAAUACUCGAGACUGCCUCGUUGUUGAUUUCAUCAGAGAAUGAGAAGAUCUUUGACACGGGUUACUCUGAGAUCAUCCCAUGUUAUCAAGUGAUGGUAACAGGCAAUAAUGGAAUCCAGUGGCGGCUGAAACCAAUUGUAAGUAUCCUAAUGGGCAUAAGUGCUAGAGGAAUUGUUUCGUUGCAUUUCACCUAUUUAUUUAAAUAACAUCUGUACAGCAUUGUUAAUUUCAGAAACAGCUAUAAUUGGGAAUCUCAUAGGUAAACCACCCAGCCUCUGAGGUCAUGAAAGUUGCUUCCAGUCGGUAGCUAUGGCUUAGAUGUGUUUACUUAUUUAUAAACACACUUUGUACUGGUAGAAGUGUCUUCUUAAAUAAGGUUUCAUUAGAACAAGACUGUACAGCAGAAGGAAGUUCAAACAAUGGACAGAGAUCUUUUCAGUUACAGGACUUUUGAACUCUUUGUUUUAUGGGUGUGAGAUGAUCAAGAAUGAAUGAAGGAGCAGGUGUUUGCAUUGCAGACCUGCUCAUAUCAUGGUUCAAUACUAAUGGGAUGUCUUGCACUUCUAAAGCCUCAUUUGGGGCUCAUUCCACUUGCCACACCAUUUUCUCCUGGGAAAACCCAGUGUUUGCUGCUGAAUCGGAACAAACUGUUUUUCUGCAGAUUGAUGUUUGUUCCGAUUCAGUGGUAAACAGUGGGUUUUCCUUGGGACAAAUGAAAAACUGCUUGGACCCAUGCUUUCUCAUUAUGGGACAAGCAGAAAUGUGGACAAGCCCUGUAAUUCAGUUAUAAUUGAAGAAAUAUAAAACUGCCUUUUUGUAGGCCAACACAAUUGCCUACAAUUAAUUUGAUUUCACUUUUAUCAUUCCGUGUUCUUUUAUGUCUUUUCUGUGCAAGCACACGGCACAACAGACAGUUCCAGAACUCUUCAGGUUCAGGGUUCUUCUAUCUUUCUGCCCCUAAUCUACAUGUGUUUGUGUCACACAGGUUACACAGAGCGAGAGAGAGAAACACAAAACAAAGAGGAAAAGAUCAGAUGGCAAAGCCAAGAAAAACGAAGAAAAAAGUAAGAGAGAAGAAUGGAAUAGUUUUUGUUACUUUCCCGAAAUUACUCACCUUGUGAUCAAGGAAUCCACGGUCUGCAUUUACAAGCAAGAUAACAAAAGGAUGGUAAGAGCUCUAGAUCCCAUUACACAUGUUCAUACACUUUUGAAUUCUGUGCAAAUGAUAACAAAAUUACCAUUCCUGAAUUCUAUGCCCUUUGGUAGAAAACCAGGUGUUGCACUAAGGAGGUUUUUCUAUCAGUGUAAAUUAUUAACAAGAGAAUUUUAGCAUGUGACAAGGCUCAUCUUACCCUUUUUGCAGUAGCCUGCUGAACCUUAUUUGAAAUUGGAACUUUGUCCUAUUUACACUGUCAUCAAAGGACUGGAAAAUACAUGAGACUCAUCUAGCUCAUAUAUAUAUGUGUGUGAUCAUCCAAACCACUUGCAAAAGUACUGACAGAAACCCAACUGUGUAUUGUUAAUUAAGGUAGCAAUCUAUCCUAUGCAAAUUGUUUGAUUGUGCAUACAAGAUCUGCUUCCCAUUACUGGGACGCUGUGUCUGAGGUUCAGUAGAUCUGAAUCCAGAGAAGGCUGAACGUUUUUGUAGGAAAAUGUCAAGAUCUAGAGGAGGUGUUUCCUUUUUAACGGGUCUUCAGUUUAUCCUCCUCAGAGCAGGUGCUAUGGAUUUAAGCUGAAGAUCCUUUUAACUAACUAACUAACUAACUAACUUAAUUCCUCUCAAGUCCACUGUGUGUGAUAGAUACACAUUUUACAACCUUCAAAAUCCUAAGCAAACAAAUGGAUUCCUAAAUGUUGGUUACUCUUGUUUCUUAAUUGAAGAGGAAUAAUUCUUCAUGAAAUUACUUUUCUGCUCUAGGAAUUCAAGCUGUCUUCGUGUGAGGAAGCUUUGUCAUUUGCCGCUUUGAUAGAUGGGUAUUUCAGGCUUACUGCAGAUGCCCAUCAUUAUCUCUGCACUGAUGUCGCACCGCCCUUGAUAAAACACAACAUUAAAAAUGGCUGCCAUGGUCCAAUAUGGUUAGUUGAUAUCCUUCAAAUACUAUACUUUGUAAAGUUUUGUUCACAUAAACAACAUGCAUGUUAUUUUUUGCCAAUGCCACUUUGACUCUGCAGAAUAAUUAAAACCAAAGUAAACGGUUACAUUGAAGUGAAGGAACUGAUAACAGCUUCAGCUGCUGAAGUUGUUCUUAAAGUAUUCCCUUCCCACAUUCAGUGCCACUGGUUAACUUAAUAAUAAUAAUAAUAUGAACAUCUAGAGAAGAUACUGUAUUUUUCGCCCUAUAGGACGCACUUUUUCCCCUCCAAAAAUGAAGGGGAAAUGUGUGUGCGUCCUAUGGGGCGAAUGCAGGCUUUCGCUGAAGCCUGGAGAGCGAGAGGGGUUGGUGCGCACCGACCCCUCUCGCUCUCCAGGCUUCAGGAAGCUAUCCGCAAGCUGUGGGAGAGCUGCCUGCACCCCGAAGCCUGGGGGGCGCUGAGCUCAGCAUGCCCCAGGCUUUGAGCUUCGCGCAGCUCUCCGCAAGUCGUGGGAGAGCUGUGCAAAGUCGCGCAGCUCUCCCACGGCUUGUGGAGAGCUGCCUGUUCUGGGGGCUGGGGUCGGGGGAAGCUCGGGCUUCCCCCACCCCAGCCCCGCGCCUGGGGGGGGAAUAAUUUUUGUUCUUUAUUUCCCCCCAAAAAACUAGGUGUGCCCUAUGGGCCGAAAAAUACGGGUACCUCCAUAUGGUGGUACUUUUGAAUAAGCAUGGUAUUCUUGGUUGUGGAAUGCUUUCUAUGUGUUUAAUAAGGAUUUUGCAACUUUUUGCAACUUGUGGGAACUGUAUCUAAAUAAAAGAUAGUAGUAGUAGAUUGUCUGUUCCUCUUUUUGAAACAACUUACCUCUUGGAUACUUUGUUCAGUAAUCUUUAAAAAAGUUGUUUUAAAAAAACAAAUGUUAAGAAAUAUGAGUCACAGUCCAAAAUUUGAACCUGCUCUUAAACUGCCAUCUACAGAAUCUCCAAACUUUUAAGGUAAUGAAAACUGAAUUUAAUAUUCUGAAUUUCUCACUCUUAUUUUUAUUUGGAAUUCCCGAUGGCCCCUACCUGAAAUGUCUAUUCUGUGGUUAUCCCAUUUUUUAAAAAAAUUGGCUCAGUUUUGCUACAUGACAGACUUGCUUUCAAGAGGCUUUUGAGUAUAACUGCUCAUUUUUGAACACUUCCAGCACAGAUUAUGCGAUCAACAAGCUGAAGCAAGAAGGAAAUGAGGAGGGGAUGUAUGUCCUGAGGUGGAGCUGUACAGAUUUCCAUAACAUCCUCAUGACUGUUAUAUGUAGUGAAUACUCACAGGUACGAUAAGAGUUAUCAUUUAUAUGCCCAAUAGCUUUAGCUGUAAAGACUGUACUUUGAUCUAUAAAAAAUAAUUUAUGGAUUUAGGAUUGAGAAAAGUCUUGCCUUUGCUAGUUUUAUAUGCUCAUGAGACUCCAGCACAAGUGUGACGUUUUGUUCCCACUUAUUUCUGAGAGAGCCUACAAGCUGAAACUAGCUGAGUCUAUUUAUGCAUGUGACAAAUUUAAGCAGACUCCAUACUAUGUACCUUUCUGCUAUCUGGAAGGUAAACUAGAGACAGGGAGUGGUUGAUUAAAUAAUAAUCUAGGUGUGGCGAUCCCUUCUCAUCUGUAGUAUUUCUACUACCAGUUGGAGUGUGAUCUAUGUGUAGUUAAAGUAUUAAUCUGAAAUUUUGGUGUCAAGGAGAUCCGAAAUCAUCUGUCAUUGUACCUCUCUGAUUGACAUGGCACUGUUAACUGAUCAACCUACAUUGGAUGGCAAAGCUAUUGAUGACAUUGUUCCAGAUUCUGGCUGAGAAAAUACAUGUGAUGUUUCCUCUCAUUAUCAUACAUGUAAUGAAUCAUCCAGGACUCCUUCAUUGUGUCACAAGAUAGGAUGAAAAUGCUUCAUCAAAUGCUUGAUAAACAAACCUCUAGUAUGAUUUCACUGCAUUUACUGGAAUCUCCUCAGGAAUACAUUUAGACCUAAUUAUUAUCUCCAUGUUACUUGGGUUAACUUGAUGAUGAUUUAUUCUAUCUCCCUUCCUUUCCCACAGCAAAUGCUGAACCCUACAAAACAGUACAAGAACUUCCAGAUUGAAAUGACUAAAGAUGGAUGUCGUUUACAUGGAUCUGAUCGCUUAUUUCUAUCUCUGAAGGAGUUGAUGGACCACUUAAAAGGACAGAUGCUUAGGACAGACAAUAUAGUCUUCACACUAAAGAAGUGCUGUCAGCCAAAGCCAAGAGGUAGAGUCUUUAAGGUGGUCUUUCUGUAAAGAUACUUUACAGAAGUACCGUAUAUUUCUCACGGAAAACCUUCAACUUGUGUUUCUCAUAGAAAAAGUCUGCAUCUCAUCUAAGCUUUCUGUGUUUUAAGCAAGGCAAUGCUGAAGCGUAUGCUCAGCAUAUGUUUUACCUACUACAGUAAUACCCCAGUGCUGGCUAAUUGCCACUGUUCUGGAAACAUCACAUGAAGUGGCAAAUCUAUUUGAAGUGUUUUAGUGAACGGUUUUUGUAUUUCUAGAAAUCUCCAAUUUGCUGGUGGCGACAAAGAAAUCCCUAGAAUGGCAACCAGUCUGCCCGUUAGGACAGCUGAGCUUCCACCGAAUCCUUAAAGAAGAAAUAAUACAAGUAAGUGAUCAUGACAUUUAAACAUUUUGUGUUUUAUUACUCUUUGAUAAAUAUUAAUUAAUGUCUAAGAAAAUGGAGGAAAACACUGAUCACCUUAUCCCAACUUCUGUUGAAAUCAGUCGUAAAUGUUCAGAUUACAAUGCACCUUCAGGGUUCUGUGAUAACAAAAAGGUUCAUUUCCGCCUUCUUAAAAUCCUGCAAGUUAUUGUAUGCACUGCUAUUAAUCUGUUGCAAAAAGGAUAUUCUAAUCUAUUUUUGGAGAGGGAGCUAUGAGUCAAGCUGUUUUUAGGUGAAAGGUUACUCAGAUCAGUUUGUUUUAAAGAGGAAGACUUCCUUAAUGAGAAAUGCAUACCACACAUGAUUCUGUAAAGCAUAAAGUAACUUUACUGCAAUUUGCAGAACACUCUAGUGACUCCAGAAUUCAUUUGAAUUCAUUUGAAUACAAAUGACUUAUUAUCAAAGCUGUCCCAUCAAACUGACUUGCAAUCUGAAGAAAAGAUAGCAACCCAAGUGCUAAGGAUUUCAAAAUAAUUGCAUUCAUAUCUUGUUAGUUUGAAAAAGAAGCCAUUAGGCAAUAUUCUAAUUAUAUCUGUCACACUGGACUCAUUUGAUACCAGUGUAGAAGACUGAUCUCUUAUCUAUCAAAUGAGUAUAGUACAAUUAAUAUACCUCUUGAUAAUGAAAACUCAAAGUGAUGUGGUGGUCUUUGCAAUACUAAAGCCAAUGGAUAAGUAUGGCACAAUUUCUAACUGUUGGAUUUAAACUAUACUUUAGGGUGAACACCUUGGCAGAGGAACAAGAACGCAGAUUUACUCUGGGGUCCUUAGGUAUAAGGAAGAUGAGAGCUAUCAGGCUGAAAAGGCGAUGAAGGUUCUCCUGAAAGUCUUGGACCCCAGUCACAGGCACUUUUCUCUGGUAUGUUUCACUUUAUGAAAUGGCUGCUGUCACUGCUGCUACGUUUUUAUAGGCAGUCUGGAAUGCAAGACUCUAAACGAUUGUCAACCCCAUUUGAAAUUACGGUUUAUAACCUGGGUGGGAGUUCAUACAAUUGUUUGUGAGGCUACAUCAAUGCAUAUUUCCACUUGGGAAGAGAUAAAAUACCCAUUUAUUAAAGGUGUUUGUCGAACUGAAACUAGUCUUUUUGUGUGUGAAAGAUCUGUCUCAUGUUCCCAGUUAGGAAUGGGGUGUCCCAAAUUUCUGUUAGUAACUGACAUAUUUUAUCAGGAAAUCUUUCUUUCUUGCCUGGAGGGGAAGAUGUGUGUUGCAUAGGGGUUUCUCAUUUCCUGCGUGUCAUUAUAGGGUAGAAACAGGAGCUGCAUCUUAAGCUACUGCUCCUCUAAUGGUGCAGACCAGCAAGUGCUUCUUGGACUGCACAUCACUGGAGCUUUAGAAAUGCAGCAGACUGCUUCCCUUUAUAAGUCAUUAGAAACUGGCAACCUGUGUUUCUGUUACAGCCACAUGAAUCACUCCAGGAUCUUUCUGUGGCUGCAGGACUUUACAUAAAACCUGUAAUUGGUGAGGGGAAUUUUGCUCAUGGAUAAUAACAAACUCAAGCAGUGGUUUAAACAUAUGCGCAUCACUGAACUUGGUUAUUGUUUAGACACUGGCUGUCUGUAGGCUUUUACUGCUGCUUCUUCCUUUCAUAGUUUUGUUGAUCUAAAAUCUCUGCUCUGUCACCCUGUGUGUGUAAUAGGCAUUUUUUGAGACUGCAAGCAUGAUGAGGCAGAUCUCCCACAAACACAUCGUCCUCCUCCAUGGAGUUUGUGUCCGUGAUGUGGAAAGUAAGUGAAAUCUUUUGAGUACUGCUUUUCAAAACGAAGUGGUAGUUGAAUUCCUCAUCUUAAUAUUACAUCUCCGUCUCUCUGUCUCUCUCUCUAUAUAUAUAUCGGUGAUGCAUAUGCUUCUAAGUUAAACCUGCCUGAAAUAUGCCUUUCCUGCAAUUUCCCUCUCAAUUAAAAAUGCAUGAAAGAGAUUAAAGUAUCUGUGCUCUUCCUACACCACUAAUUUUUUUCCUGUGCUUGUUGCAGACAUUAUGGUAGAAGAGUUUGUUGAAUUUGGACCUCUGGAUCUCUUCAUGCACCGCAAGAGCGAUCUGCUUACUACUCCUUGGAAAUUCAAAGUAGCAAAGCAAUUGGCAAGUGCAUUGAGCUACCUGGUAAGUCCUAGAUGUUAUCUACUGAUAGCAAUUCUUUCUGCAAGUCUUCCAUAUCACAAAAUGCAACUUGCAUUGGCUAUGCAUUCUGAUAAGCCAGUUAUGCACAGUCUUGAAGUGAGUGGAAAGGUGGGGCAGGGGGAAGCUUGCCUUCUGUGAACUUCAGUAGUGUUUUGUGAACUGUUGUUCUAAGCAUGUUUUUCAUAUUAUUCAAAAACGUUUUCAGUGCAUUUGGAUGCCAUUGUCGUAACAUGCCAAUUUCAUGACAUUCUCUUAUAAAUACAGGAGGACAAAGAUCUAGUUCAUGGAAACGUUUGCACAAAAAAUAUACUCUUGGCAAGAGAAGGAAUUGACAAUGAAUAUGGACCUUUCAUAAAACUGAGUGACCCAGGAAUUCCAAUAACAGUGCUGUCUAGAAAAGGUAUUCUUUUAGAAAAUAGUUUUUAUCAGAAUUGUAAAGAAAACAACCUUACUUGUUAUUACCUGUAUCAUGCAUCUGUAUCUGUGUAUCAGUGUGUAUGUCUAGGGUGUGUUGGCACUAAUUUUCCAAAGAGAUGCACUGAGAAUAGCUGACAUUGUCCAUAUCGCAACUAAAGCAUCCAUGACAGAUGGCCAUUCAACUUCUGCUUAAAAAGUCGAACUGCCCUUAAUAUUAUAAUUGGGUUAAUAUUAGAAGGACUAACUUGCCCACAGCAUGAUACUGAAUGCCAUAACAUAAUUGCACACUGGUUGCAUUUACAUGCUCAUAUCUAGGCUUUGACUCUCUGCUUGCAGUACUUUGUUCAUCCUUUUGUGUGAGCAAACAGACAAGCCAGUUAACUAUAGUUUUUCAUUUUGUUCAGUGCUACUGAACGGCAGAAACUAGGGUUCUGAAGCAAUUGACUAGCCCAUGAUAUGAAGGCAACUUUGAACUUGUUUGUGUUAAAAAAUAAGUGUUGGAAUAACUCUUGAUGAUGUGCAGCCCUGAAAUUUGGUAUACAUGGGUCCAAGAGGCCAGAAUUACUGGUUUGGGUUUUUUUUGAAAAUGUGAUAUUUAUACACCCUUCUUGCAAUAUAGGGCACUCAAAGGACACCUCAAAAUGGGCAGAUUGUUUACACAUUAAUUAAGAAUGAUGUGCGUAUAUAGAUCAAGAUCCUUUGAAUACUAGAAAAGUAAAAAAAACAAGAUUUAGCAAGUUUCUCCCUAGAAACAAGAGGGCAAUAAAUGAAUCUUUCAAGUGACUCAGGUAGUUCAAGGCUGUUCGCACAGCUGAAAUAUGGCAGAUGCAUAGAAUUGUAGAUUGGAAGCGACCACAUGGACCAUAUUCAACCUUCUGCAAUGCAGGGGUUUUUUUUGCCCGAUGUGGGGUUCGAACCCACACCCAUUCCAUAACUGCUUCCAGAUUCUUUCCUUCCGUGUAUUUUCUCUAUAGGAGUGGCUAUUUCUAUUAAUAGUUCUGUGCUUACGUUAAAAGUGAGUCUCCUCAAUGUACACUCCCCCCCCAAAAAAAAAGUAGUUUAAAAAGGAACAUGUAUUUAAGCAACCAAUACCAUGACUCGCUUCAAAACCGUUUUCACCUCAAUUUUUUGUUUCCUCCCAGAAUGUGUUGAGCGCAUCCCUUGGCUUGCACCAGAAUGUGUAGAAGACUCAAAAAAAUUAAGUGUGGCUGCUGAUAAGUGGAGCUUUGGUACAACACUGUGGGAAAUUUGCUACAAUGGAGAAGUGCCACUUAAAGACAAGACAUUAGCAGAGGUAAGGCCUGGGGGGCUGUGGUGUGGCGGCGUUAAGGUAUCCCUUUCUUACUAUAUUUUGCCUUUUGUGGAAAUACAUUUUUAGCUCUCUUGUAGAAAGCGUGUAGGGCAAGUGGAGAUGUCAGCCGAAGAACCUUUUCGUAGUGCGCAGUAGAGUUUUACAAACAGAAGCCACGUUCUGAGUAGCCUAAUUAAACCCCAGUGGGGUUUUGCAAAACCUCAGUCCACUGCUAAGAGCUCCCCUACAAAAGGAUAUUUCCUGCUGGAAGGCAGCCUCUUUUGAAACUUGGGGUGUGAAAGAAGGCAUGUUUCCUAGCUCCAAGAAUAACACAGGUGUCUCCCAACCAAUCUUGCAGAAGGAGAGGUUUUAUGAAGGGCAUUUCACGCUUCCAGUCCCAUCCUGCAAGGAGCUGGCUGACCUGAUGAAGCAGUGCAUGCACUAUGACCCCAGCCAGAGACCAUUCUUCAGAGCAAUCAUGCGAGACAUCAACAAGCUAGAAGAACAAAGUAAGUAAUCUAUUUUGCUUAUUUCCCCUCUUCAUUGUCAGUUUUAUUUUCUUUGCUCUGUGGGAUACAUUAACAUUAAUGAAUUUGCAAACAUCUUGAUGGCAGUAUAAAAAAGCCAGAUAUAAUCCCCUGCAGGCACAGAAGGGAUUUGCUGUUCAGAAAGUAAGAUAGUUACCAAGAUGGCUCUGUACAUAAAAAUCCGCAACCCGACACUGUUUUGGAUUGCCGUUGUCAUGGAAUAUUGUUUGUGUUACAGUAGUUAUGGAAGCAUCCAGGGUGACGUAAGGGUAGAGCUGUCAAGCUCUGCCUCACCAUCAGUUCCUGUGUAUUAAUGAUUAUUUUGCCAGUGUUAAUACCCCUUCCAUAGCCCUUAGUAUACAAUGAGAGGUGGUGUGUAGUCUUAUUGCCCACACCUUGUGCUAUGAUUCUGCUUGCCUUGGUGAGAGGGUGGUUGGCUCUUGGCUAGGAAUAAGACUACAAGGUUUACUCUGAACGUUCAGAAUGGAGCGGGUGACUGCUAAUCCCUGCCCUCAGAUAUUGCCAGCUUCCCUUUGCCAGUUUAACUCCCUCAUUUCUAAAGCAGUUGUCCAUCUUCUGGGAAGAUUUUCACUGGGGCCAAUGAUUUAGAGGAAGAUACACAAAUGUUAGGAAUCUGCAGUUUGACAGAACAUUCAGCAAGGUGAUGGGGUCUGUUGAAAUGCAAAGUAAGCGUAUGUAAAAAUAGAUUUGAAAAUUUAAAGGGUAAAAGUACUCAUUUGUACCACACUAAUAUUCUUACCUGUGUCAGAUCCUGAUAUCGUCUCGGAGAAGAAGCCUAAUGCGGAGAUUGAUCCUACCAUUUUUGAGAAACGCUUCUUGAAGCGCAUUCGUGACUUAGGCGAGGUAUGUUUACUUCUAUUGCUGCUGCUCAGUAUUUUUUGAAGAUUUGGCACUGAGGUGCUGUACAAGGUGCUCUUAUUCCCCUUUUGCACCUGUAGUCAUAGUGUGCUGAAACAUAGAUGGCUUGUAUUUUUGUUGUGAUCAUUCAGCAUUGUGUUCCUUCUAUUGUUUUUAGAGACGGGAAUAACGUGUUAAGUCAGCCCAUUUCUCUGUGCAGGUUAAUGGAUUUGUUCAUAUGUUUAUAGAGCAAGUGAAGUGUGGAAUAUUCCCUUCUGACAUAAGUAAAUAUGCAUAGGGCUCCAAAAGCAGCACAGAGUGCAAAGGGCAAGGUUUCUGAGUAGAGAUAUGCCUUAGCUCAAACCUGCCUGGGAGUCGCACCUCCCUUGGUGUAAGUUCCAGGCCCCCGUUUUACUUGUGGCAAACACUUCAGUGAGACAAAGCACCUCUCACACGUUUUAUAGACAUUCUGUUUAUUGCUUGACAUCUGUGGUAACUAAGUAACACCAUCCGGAAGGCCACAACUCCCAUUUGCCCCAUCCAACAUAGUCCAACGCCACCUGGAAGGCUACUGGUUAGCCACCCCUGCUAGAUAUGUUCUGGUAUUGCAAAGAGGGACUGAAGCAGAUACCCGGAAGCGCCCAGCAUAGAGUGGUUUUUGGUCCAUAAGGGUUAAGUGAUUGUCCCAAGAACCACAGAUCCACUAAGCAAUAAAGCCAGAAGCAGAUUCAAAUGUCUGUAAAAGAAACCUAGCAGGGAUUUGGUUCCUAUUCAUUUUUCUUCUGUGGAACUUCUGAAUAGUGGAGGUCACCCUGUUAUUGCAGUGGUUUGCUGAUCACGAAUGCAGCCUAUCAGUGGGUAUCAUUGAAACAUUCUCCUAGGUGAAGUAGCUGCCUCGCUUUCUCUUUCUCUUUCUUUUGCAAAGCAAGAGUGUGGGUGGCUGACCAUGUUUUUAAAUUUUAUUUUUGAAAUUAGGGCCAUUUUGGAAAAGUUGAACUCUGCAGGUACGACCCUGAGGGUGAUAAUACUGGAGAACAAGUGGCAGUAAAGUCACUGAAACCUGACUGUGGUGGGAACCAUAUUGCUGAGCUAAAGAAAGAAAUCGAAAUCCUGAGGAAGCUUUAUCAUGAAAACAUCGUGAAAUACAAAGGAAUCUGCACCGAAGAUGGUAAGUCUUGGAAGUUCUGUAAAUGUUUUCAGUUUUCCUGUUUACUUUUAAAUUAUCCCUCCUCCCCCCCCAGAUAUCUUUAGGAAAAGACCAAUUACUAAAUUCUAGCAAUACAAUACACUUAAUCCCAUUGAACAUAUUUAUUAUGCAUGUUACAUCCCCUGGUUAUGGCAGCUGGGAAAAUGGACAAACUGACCUUUUUUCCGGUCAUUGUGAAUCAUUCUUUUCCUUGGAACGGAAAGAUAUUAGGAGGGAUGGAAAGGUGUUAGGAAAACACUGGAUUAAAUGGACCAUGGAAAAUACUUAAAAGUAAUACUUGACCGCCCUGAGACCCCCAGGUAUACGGCAGUAUAUAAAUAAUAAUAAUAAUAAUAAUAAUAAUAAUAAUAGUAGUAGUAGUAGUAAUAAUAAUAAUAAUAAUAAUAAUAAUAAUAAUGUGGUCAAGGGUGUUGUGUAUUGAAUUUGCAGGCACAGCACGGUAGCAGAGCAGCCAGGAACUAAUUAAGGGAGGUAGUGAUUGCUUUUAAUUAGCUGCGUUGGGUAGUCCUAGCCUAGGUGUCUAUAUAUAGCAACAUGGCUGGGGUUUUGUUUGUCUUUCUACUUGCUUGCUGCCAUGAAUAAAGAUGUUACCAUACUACCACUGGCUGGACUCACUAUAUAAUAGGUGUUGACUCUGAAAAUUGCUUGAGAUAAUUUUGGCUUUCUUGAUCAAAGGUGGAAAUGGAAUUAAGCUGAUCAUGGAGUUUCUUCCUUCUGGAAGCCUAAAGGAAUAUCUUCCGCUAAACAAGAAUAAAAUUGGUCUGAAACAGCAAUUGAAAUACGCUGUACAAAUCUGCAAGGUAAUGCUGUACAUAUUUUAAUAUCUAGUUGUAGCAGUGUCUUGAUGUUUAAUUUUCAUUCAUGUGUUCAGAAUUGAAAUAUCUGUUUAAAAUCAUAAUGCAUGAAUAUGGGGGGUGGGUUGUUAGCUUUUUGAAAAAAAUAAUUUAUUCAACAUUUCCAUACCAGUUAAGGCCAGCCUUUCAGUUGCAAUAAAAAUGCAAGAAUAAACCAACUGAGCAAAAAGGCUAAUAAAAGCUAAUGGGACAACAGCCAUAAGCAGCUUGGAUAAAUGCAAAAAGUAUUUAGGGGUUGCUUAAAAGGCAAGUUCCUGGGGGGGGGGGGGAACAGAGUCCACAAGUGUGGGGGCACCAGUUAUUGACCUUGGUGAUGGCAGGAUAUAGGUCCCCUGAAUCCCACUUUGGGGUUUAAGGAGUUUUAAGGUGUGUGUAGCUGGUUCUUCAUACAACCUGAUACCAAACCAUGUAUAUCCUUCACUUUAUCUCUGCUCUAGGUUUCUUACCUUUAAUGUGCCCCAUGUUUUAUGAGGUGAAUGAUUUCAUUUAUGAAAGUUGAAAACGAUGUUGAAAAUGAUAAUACAGCCUUGUAUUAAAGUGAGCUUUGUUGCUAAUUUUCUCUCUGGCUAAAUUAUAUGUAACCAAGCAGCAGCAGAAACAGAGAGGACUUUUUAGAAAAAGUAAAAAGAGCCUAAGGCCUAGGGAUUCUUCACACUGCCAUGUGCUUUAGUUCCAAAACUCUAGCUCGUUCUGUAGGAGGGUUCAGACUAUGAGCACUGAAAAGCUUACCAAACAGAAGGAUUGGGUGUACAAAUUCUAAAGAACAUUGUUAGAGGUGCUUGAGGUAAAAAGCAAUUAAUUGCAAGAGAAUGGAACAAUACUUGAAAUUUUGUGUGUCUUCAACCACCAGGGAAUGGACUACUUGGGAUCUCAACAGUAUGUUCAUAGAGACUUAGCUGCAAGGAAUGUUCUAGUUGAAAAUGAACAGAGAGUGAAGAUUGGGGACUUCGGGCUAACCAAAGCAAUUGAGACGGAUAAGGAAUAUUACAAAGUCAAUGAUGAAAAAGACAGCCCUGUGUUCUGGUAAGGAAGAAAGAGAGAUAUAUAGUGACAAGCUAGUAAGUUUUUGCUGCAAGAGAUAUUAUUUUUAGCUGAAACUGCACUGUGUGUCACUACGGAUUAUCCUCAUGGUAGGUGUUAUCAAUAAGUAAUGGGAGGUUUUAACUUGAUAAUGAUCACUUGACCAUAAGAAAGGGUUCUUGUAUUGCAUUUUCUAGUUCAAGAGCAGUCUGACAGGUGGUGGCAUGUACAUGUAUUUAUUGAUGCAUUUUAUGCUUACAUUUAUGGUUAGGUAUAGGAAUUACUUGCAAAACUAUAAAGUGCCUCAUAGUUGUCUUUGCCUGAAAACAGACAUAGGCUGGAUCUAUACUGAUCUGGAAAACACUAUUAAAAAAGUAGUAUAAGCUCUCAAUGCAAUUUUACAUUGACGAUGGCUCACUGCUCUACAGCGCCUUCUGGUGUCACAUUUUUAUAACACGUUUUUAAUGUUUUUAACUGACCAGUGUAGAUUAGUCCUUACUUUGAUAUUUGUUUCUCUUUACAAUCUUCUCCUACCUUUAAUUAUUUCAAUAUUUGUUUGUUUCUUGUUUGUUCAAUUGAUGCAUAAUACUUUUGUGUGAAGCAUAUGGAGUCAUCUUAGUAGUUUCUGUUGCGACGGCAACAUCACUAUCCAGAAUUCCACUAUUUAAUGAUGCAAAGUAAGUUUUGGCUUUUUGUGCCGCAGUUGUACCCAAAGUAAAUGAAAGUGUUAUAUGGUUACAGGUAUGCUCCUGAAUGCUUACUGCAGAGCAAAUUCUACAUUGCUUCAGACGUUUGGUCUUUUGGAGUGACCCUCUAUGAGCUACUGACCUAUUGUGAUCCUGCAUGCAGUCCAAUGGCAGUAAGUAGCUGUGAAAGGAAAACUUCUUUCCCAUAUGCUGUCUUCCAAAAUAAGAGUAAAGUGUGUGUAAGUGCUUUAUGGGGGGGGGGAAGGACCCCUUAAUCUUUAAAAGUCCCAGAUUUCAGGGCAGUUAAGUGUGUGCAUACAUGGAUAACACUGCAUUUAGGGGAAUGUUGUUCACUGUCUGAAAAUGAUUUUCCCCACCCCACCCCCGAAGCACUUAUGAAACUCCUAAGCUUAAGUUGGGAUGAAAUGAAAGGAUGAACAUAGACCUUUUAUUUGAUGAAAAUGAUCAUACUUUAUAUAGAUGGUCCCAUGAUUUCUGUUUGAAACUAGUUAUUUAUGUUCACAGGAGAACCAUUACUACUUCUAGGUUGUCUAGGGAUCUUAAGAAAGCAAUUUGAUAUAUAUAGCAAGUGCUUUUUUUUCUAGACAAAUAGGUGCCAGUACUCACCAUGAAGUUGUUACAGUUAAGGGUAUACACUACCUGCACCUCUUUGAGUACCUCCUGGAAAAAAAAAAGCACUGGAUAUAGUCAUUAUAAAAUUGGGUUACCAGUUCUUAAACUUCUCUUUGGGUGCCUUUAAAACUCUCCAAGCGCAGGCUCCCUGUACUUUAAAGUUGUGCUGAGCUUGACCUGGAGGACACUUGGUUCUCGUUUUUGUCUAAUGAGACAAAGAUGUGUAACUAACACACACACACCCUCUCUAUUUUGGGAAAUUUCACUUUUAGGGGUCCAUCCUUUGCAAAGAUGUGAAACUGUUCCUAAGGGGUUGGGCGUCCCAAUCCUUGGUUAGCUAGACACAACAGGUCAACAAAGAGGGAAGGAGGGGUUCAUUCAAUAAACUGAAGCCUGGAUUCUGCCAGUUUGUCUCCCCAGGUUUCUGUAAUCCGCAUAGGUCUCUACAGCAAAGCUGACUUGCUUGCUUUUGUUUGCAUUCCAUUUAUCGUAACCCUCCACCCCAGUGCCCAUGCUCCCUCCCCUUCUACCUAUGUACAACCCAACAUUGCUGGUCUUUGGAAUGGCAGCUGUGCAUGCAUACAGUGGUGCCUCGCAAGACGAAAUUAAUUCGUUCCGCGAGUUUUUUCGUCUUGCGAAGCACGGUGUCGGAAAAGUUUUGGAAAAGCUUCAAAAAUCACCAAAGUCUUCAAAAACCUCAAAAAAGGCUACCACACCGCGUUCUAUGAGUUGCUCCUCGAAGUCAAGUUGCAACUGUAUUAAGAAAAAGGAAACAAACUUGCAAGACGUUUCCGUCUUGCGAAGCAAGCCCAUAGGGAAAAUCGUCUUGUGAAGCAACUCAAAAAACGAAAAACCCUUUCGUUUUGCGAGUUUUCCGUCUUGCGAGGCAUUCAUCUUGCGAGGUACCACUGUACAUAUCCCAACUAUUCCCCCCACCGUUAACCUCUCUUCACCCACCUCCACACCAAUAGUCCAAGGUUCUGCUACCUAUCUUUGGGCCCUUGUCAUCAAGCAGGCACCACUCCUACCCUCUCCCUUGACUCUUGCACCCAGCCCAGCCGUACCCUUUUACUAAUAGAGAAAUGAGAUUAAACGUGGGUUUUCAUAACUUACAGGAAUUCCUGAAUAUGAUUGGACCAACUCAAGGCCAGAUGACAGUGACACGGCUUGUGCGGGUAUUAGGAGAAGGCAAACGUUUGCCAUGUCCUAAAAAUUGCCCACCAGAGGUAAGGCAUUAAGAAUUAUUAUGCAUUGUCUUGUGUUGAGCAAAUUCCCAUCAGCUUGAUGUUUAUGAGCUUUCACAGGAAAAAGCUCUUUUAAUCACAAUUUGUAUAUGUAGACACAAACUUAAUGUCUGAAUCUUUCGAUGUGUAAGCCAUAACGUACCCUUUUCAUUUACUAGGUUAACCAACUGAUGGGGAAGUGUUGGGUUCAAGACCCAGGUGAGCGGACAAGCUUUCACAAUCUGAUUCAAGGAUUUGAAGCACUUAUCCAAAAAAUGUAAUCCAUGCAUUUUAUACUUGCCACUUAAAUGUUUUGAAAAGUGUACAAGGCCUUUUUAUUACCUAGUGUAAUUUUGUACUUUGGUAAUGUUGUGUCUGAAAAGGGUUUUUCUGUUUGAGUAGCCAACACGUGAGUCCGAUAAGCAGCAGAGAACAUUGCUGAACAUUUUGCCAGUUUAUAUAUCUGUGCCAACAGGGUCUACCUGUAGGAUCUCAGCUGCUGGGCCAAGUACUUUAAGUGAUAGGUGCCUAUACAAAGUUUGAAUCAUGUUGUAUUAGAGAGCAAAAGAUGAUUUCCAAACAGUGUAGUGGCUGUCAUUACAGUACAAAAUGUUAAUCAUGGCAGAUAAAUAGAAAUGUUAUUGACAGCAUUCAAAAAUGAAUAUUAAGGAGGUGUGCUAGAUAACUUUGGUUGGAAUCCAACACCAGUUUUGUCCUACACACAAAGGGACUUUGGAUCUGUGCCACACAUCCCAAGCUACUUUUUGAGCUUGCAUCAACUCGCAAAAGCGGUUUGUGUUCAGCAAACCUGAAGUAACUCCUGUCAUCGCAGCAUUGUUUCUCCCUCUUGAUAUAUAUUUGUAGCAUUUGCUUUUAGUAUAUUCAUUAAAAUCCAGACACCAUUGGCACCUUGUCCUGGAGCAUUCUGAUCUAGUCCAAAAUUUCUACAUCACAGAAGUCAGUCCUUCUCAUAAUCUUAGGGGUGCAAAAAUAAUGUCAGGGGAAAGACCACUGAAGCAUGACAACAUUUGGGGUUUUUAUUGGGUAACAGAUUGCAAGUGACAAUUAAGCAGAAUAGUGAGUUUUGAAGACAUUUCUCCAGCAAGGCUGAAUGGUGCAUGGAUUUUAAUGCACACUCUGUAAAUGAAGAUAUUACAAGAGAUAACAUAUGCGAACCUGGAGUAGGGGGGUGGAUGUACAUUAUUCCUGCAUUGUGCACUUGCUAUAAAAGAAGUAGGAUUCAGUAUGUUCUGCAAUGAAGAGAGAGUCAUGUACAAGCUCUGGGGCCAGAAUGCAUGCAUUGCCUUACUCUGUGAAUUUGCUUGUCUUAACAGAUGGAAGACUAAUUUGGAGGCUAGUCUUUUUCCUAAAGUCAGAUAUUGCUUUUCAGGAAUUAUUCAGAAUUUGCAAUAAUGUAAUGUGUAACAAAUUAGAAAUGCUAUCAAGUAAAGAACCCUCUUGCAAAUCCUGCCUGUUUCCCCCCACUGUACUCUGUAUGCACUUUGUUAUUCUUUAUAAAAAAUAAAGAUUUUAUCAAUUAAUAUUAACGCAUUGCCUUCAUUCGUAGCUGAGACAACAUUU